AUGGAUGGUAUAUAUCAGAAAUUGCGGAAUUUGGAUGCGUAUCCAAAAAUAAACGAGGAUUUCUACAGUCGUACUCUCUCUGGUGGCCUCAUCACUCUUAUCUCUUCUAUUAUCAUGCUUUUCCUCUUCUUCUCCGAAUUCAGCUUGUAUCUUCAUACGGUUACCGAGACAAAGCUUUUAGUGGAUACUUCAAGGGGACAAACCCUACGCAUCAAUUUUGAUAUCACUUUUCCUGCCAUUCGAUGUUCGUUACUGAGUGUUGAUGCCUUAGAUGUCAGUGGAGAGCAGCAUCAUGAUAUUAGGCAUGAUAUAUCUAAGAAAAGGAUUGAUGCUCAUGGUGAUGUAAUUGAAGUCCGCCAGGACGGGAUUGGUGGCCCAAAGAUUGACAAGCCUUUACAGAGACAUGGUGGCAGGCUCGAACACAAUGAGGAAUAUUGUGGUUCAUGUUUUGGUGCUGAACAGGGAAAUCAAGUAGAAGAAAUGAUGGAGGGGGAGGAGGAGCUGACCACUGUAGCUUGGGUGUCAGAUGAUGAUUGUUGCAACUCAUGUGAAGAAGUUCGUGAAGCAUACAGGAAAAAAGGGUGGGCUAUGACAAAUAUGGAUCUGAUUGACCAAUGCAAACGUGAAGGCUUUAUCCAAAUGAUAAAAGACGAAGAAGGUGAAGGAUGUAAUAUUAAUGGAUCCCUGGAGGUAAACAGAAUUGCUGGGAAUUUUCAUUUUGUUCCUGGGAAAGGCUUCCAUCAAUCAUAUGUUCAACUACAGGAUUUACUGGAUUUGCAAAAGGAGAGUUAUAAUAUAAGUCACAGGAUCAAUAGACUAGCUUUUGGUGACUACUUUCCAGGCGUGGUAAAUCCCCUUGAUGGGGUACAAUUGAUGCAUGAAACACCAAAUGGUGUGCAGCAGUUUUUCAUUAAGGUGGUCCCUACAAUAUACACUAAUAUUCGAGGCCGCACUGUGCAUUCAAAUCAGUAUUCUGUUACAGAGCAUUUAAAGAAAUCAGAAGUGAUACGCCUUGAUUCUCUUCCUGGAGUUUACUUCAUCUAUGACUUUUCUCCAAUUAAGGUGACAUUCAAAGAGGAGCAUAUUUCAUUUUUACACUUCAUGACAAGUAUUUGUGCAAUAAUUGGAGGUAGUUUUCCUGUCUUUCACUCUCCACAAUCCCCUGCCCUUGAAAGUUUACAAUUUUACUCCAGAACAUGCAUUCACUUGCAGUUUAUCCCAUACCUUGAAAAUGCACUCUUGUUAUUCGUCGCUAUAGUGUUUAUUUUGGCAGCUUUGAUGUGGCUUAAUGAGAUAAAGCUCAUUAUGGUGUUCAUUUGUAGCUUUGGAAUGCAUUGCAGUAGUGUAAUAGUGUGA